AUGGGCUGUGGUAUGAGUACCGAGGAUAAGGAGGGCAAGGCCCGCAACGAGGAGAUUGAGAACCAGCUCAAGCGGGACAAGAUGAUGCAGAGAAACGAGAUCAAGAUGCUCUUGCUCGGUGCCGGAGAGUCUGGCAAGUCUACAAUUCUAAAGCAGAUGAAGCUCAUCCACGAGGGUGGCUACUCCCGCGACGAGAGGGAGUCUUUCAAGGAAAUUAUCUACAGCAACACCGUCCAGUCGAUGCGUGUCAUCCUGGAAGCCAUGGAGUCGCUGGAGCUGCCAUUGGAAGACGCCCGUAACGAAUAUCACGUCCAGACCGUUUUCAUGCAACCCGCUCAGAUCGAAGGCGACAGCCUGCCGUCAGAAGUUGGCAAUGCCAUUGGUGCGCUCUGGCUGGAUGCCGGUGUCCAGGAGUGUUUCAAGCGAUCUCGCGAAUACCAACUCAACGACUCUGCUAAAUACUAUUUCGACUCCAUUGAGCGUAUCGCCCAGGCCGACUAUCUUCCAACCGACCAGGAUGUCCUCCGAUCCCGUGUCAAGACCACCGGUAUCACCGAGACGACGUUCAUCAUCGGCGAUCUGACCUACCGCAUGUUCGACGUUGGUGGUCAGCGAUCCGAGCGAAAGAAGUGGAUUCACUGCUUUGAGAACGUUACCACCAUUCUUUUCUUGGUCGCCAUCUCCGAAUACGACCAGCUGCUCUUCGAAGACGAGACUGUCAACCGUAUGCAGGAAGCUCUCACUCUGUUUGACUCCAUCUGCAACUCACGUUGGUUCGUCAAGACCUCGAUCAUUCUCUUCCUCAACAAGAUCGACCGCUUCAAGGAGAAGCUGCCUGUCAGCCCCAUGAAGAAUUACUUCCCCGACUACGAGGGAGGUGCCGACUACGCCGCUGCCUGCGACUACAUCCUCAACCGUUUCGUUUCCCUGAACCAGGCCGAGCAGAAACAAAUCUACACACAUUUCACAUGCGCCACAGACACAACGCAAAUCCGAUUCGUCAUGGCUGCUGUAAAUGAUAUCAUUAUCCAAGAGAACCUGAGACUCUGUGGUCUGAUUUAA